UUCUUAAUUAUUUCAUGAGCUGUCUCUUUGAUCAGAUCAAACCACAUGCAUCAUAUAGCCUCUUUCUCUCUCUCUAUUUGCCCUAACUGAAGCCACAGGAUCAAACACAAAAAAAGCAAUAUAUAUAGCAAAGUCAUAGCAUCGAAUUAAGUACCAAUUAAGUUAGCUGCUAUGAUCCGCAUGGAGAAAAGACUCCGGCUGUUUCUCCUCUCCUUCAUUCUCUCCCUCCUCGUCUCGCCGCCACCCAAAGCUGCCGCCGCGCAGCUCGACCCGAACUACUACGCCAACAUCUGCCCCAACCUCGAGAACCUCGUGCGCGGGGCCGUCGUCAAAAUGAUGUCGCAAACUCCCGUCGCGGCCCCUGCCACCCUCCGCCUCUUUUUCCACGACUGCUUCGUCAUGGGUUGUGACGCGUCGAUCAUGAUCAUAAGUUCGGACGGGAGUGAUGAGUGGCGUAACCCCGCCGACUUCUCGCUCAAAGCGGAGGGGUUCGAGACCGUUCUCGCAGCUAAGGCGGCAGUCGACGGUGAUCUGCAGUGCACGAACAAGGUGUCCUGCGCUGAUAUUUUGGCCCUUGCCACAAGAGAUGUUGUCUCCUUGAGCGGAGGGCCGACGUGGCCGGUGGAGCUCGGGAGGUACGACGGGAAGGUAUCGUUGGGCAGCGACGUUGUCCUCCCCAGCCCCGACUUCAAUCUCGACCAGCUGAACGGCAUGUUCGGUAGCUUUGGUCUCACACAGACUGACAUGAUUGCUCUUUCAGGGGGUCACACAAUUGGUGCCUCCUCAUGCAUGUUCUUCUACAACCGGCUGUACCCGGGGGACCCCACCGUGAGCCCCGGCUUCCUCCUCCAGCUGCAGCAGUCGUGCCCAAACCCCUUGCUCGACCCGAACGCCUUUGCUUUCCUCGACGCGGCGACACCCCUGCAGUUCGACAACGCGUACUUCCGCAACCUGCAGCAGGGGAUGGGCCUCCUCAACUCAGACCAGGUGCUCUUCAACGACCCGCGGUCGCAGGGCACCGUCAACCUGUUUGCGUCGAACCAGAGCGCUUUCUUCUCCGCAUUCGUCGACGCCAUGACGAGGCUCGGGCGGCUCGGGACGAAGACCGCGGUCGACGGGGAGAUCAGGAGGGACUGCAGAUUCGUUAACUAGAUGAAUUGGAUGCUUCUUGUUAUUGUUAUUCUUUUUGUAUAUUAUUAUGCUUUGGCUAGAUAAUAACCUAUAUAAGUGCCAUUAAUAUUUCCCGUGUGGCCUGCUUGAGUUAGUUAUUUUUCAUUGGGAGUGUUUGGGGGAGGCAACCAAAUUGGUUUUGGAUGA